GACUUCCGCCGCGCUCCGCCGUGCUUGCUGGUUUGGGAUGCUGCAGCUCGCGGUGGGUCGUAGACUCCUGUCUGGUUCCGCGAUGCCUAAGAAAGCCGGAGCUACUUGCAAGGGUAAAAACCAAACCAAGGAACCACCUCCUCCUGCAGGGCCCGUGGCAACUGAUCCUAAAGGUUUUGUCACCAUAGCCAUCCAUGCCAAACCCGGCUCCAAACAAAAUGCUGUGACAGAUGUGACCACUGAGGCCGUCUGUGUGGCGAUUGCAGCACCUCCCUCUGAGGGAGAGGCAAAUGCAGAGCUCUGUCGGUACCUUUCCAAGGUCUUAGAACUCAGGAAGAGUGAUGUGGUUCUGGAUAAGGGUGGUAAAUCUCGGGAAAAGGUGAUGAAGCUCCUGGCCUCUACGACUCCAGAAGAGGUCUUGGAGAAACUGAAAACGGAAGCUGAAAAAAAGUAAAGGCGAGAAGUGACUCAUACAUCUUCGAGGGCCUUUAAUAACAGUAGGCAGGUGGCCACCUAGGACAAUCUACGUAAGUGCCCAACGUGGAGAGAGGAAUAUGUGCAUAAAAAUCAGACUAAAAUAAAAGCAGGACAUUUCAGUCUCCACAUUAAAUGCAGGCUCGAAAAUCCCUCACUGUGGGAGCUGGAGAGAUGGCUUGGUGCCUGAGAGCACUUGCUGUUUUUAGGGGACCUGGACUCAGCUGCCAGCAUUCACAAUGGAGGGCUCACAUGGAUGUUCCAGUUCCAGGGUGUCCUGACAUUGUUUCCUGACCUCUGAGGUCACUUGCAGACUUGUGGUUCAUGUACGUACAUUCUAGGCACACACACACACACACACACACUAAAUAAACAAACCUUUAAAAUCCCCGAGUGCAAACAGUCUGAGAUAUAUCACACUAAUUUCAUGGCGUUACAACAAAGCAACUUGGAAGAACAGUCAGGACGACUGACGUCACCCCUGGUUCUCCGUGAUGCCGCUUCUGACCUGCAGAGGUUGGGAGACCAGCUGAGGACCACAGCAUUCGGGAUGACAGCAGAAGCAGCUCCUGGUCUAGUGAAAUGCCAGUAGCCUUCUAUCCCCACAAUGCCAUUAGCCUUCUAUCCCCACAAUGCUUCUGGAGUCCUGGGGGCUUCUAAAUCAGUUUACAAGUGAAAACCUUUCAUGCUGCUUUACAGUCUAGUUCAAGAUUUUAUUUUAUUUUUUUAAACUCAACCAUGGUUUCUUUAUAUCGUUUAAAAAUUAUAUGGAACAUUUUGUGGAAAAGUAAGUAAUCAUGAAGACUUGUAACAACUUUUAGUCAAAUUAGAUUUGUUUGUUUGUUUAUUGGGGCAAGGAGGCCUGAAACUUACAAAUGUAGACCGAGCUAGCCUUGAACUCAGAUCUGCCUGCCUUUGCCUCCCAAAUUCUGAGAUUAAAAGCAUGCACCACCACAUCCAUCUAACAAUAAAUGACUUUGACAACUUAA